AUGGACGCAAGGGUCCCAUUAUCUCAUUCAUUAUGGUCACCUUAUGACACCGUAAAAGAUGCAGCAGAUUCAUUGGGGAUAAACUUACCAGAUGAACCAGCAAAAAAUCUAGCAAUGGAUGUUGAAUAUAGAAUUCAUGAAAUAUUAGAAUUAGCUAUAAAAUUUAUGCGUCAUUCCAAGAGAAAGAUUUUAAUGACUUCAGAUAUAGAUUAUGCAUUAAAAGUAUUAAAUGUUGAACCAUUAUACGGGUAUGAUAAUUCACAACCAUUAACAUUUAAAGAAACUAUGGUUGGUGCUGGAGGUCAAACUUUAUAUUAUGUUGAUGAUCAUGAAAUUGAAUUUGAAAAAUUGAUUAAUCAAGAAUUACCUAAAGUACCUAGAAAAACUACUUUUACAGCUCAUUGGUUAGCUAUUGAAGGUAUACAACCAAUGGUUCCUCAAAAUCCAUUACCUUCAGAAAUUAAGAAUUUACCACCUGCAAUAAGAGGUGCUACUUCAUCAAUGUUAGGUAAUGAUAUAUUAUCAUUAGGUGGAGAGAAAGAAGAAACUUCAUCAACAACUACAACAAAUGCAAACAAGAACAAAAAACCAACAACCACAACCAUCGAGAAGGGAUUUGAAACAAAACCAUUAGUAAAACAUGUAUUAUCAAAAGAAUUAAAAUUAUAUUUCGAUAAAGUAGUUGAAGUAUUAGUAUCAACAGAUCCAGAAGAAGAAAGUUUAAAAAAUGCAGCAUUACAAUCCUUAAAAUCCGAUCCUGGAUUACAUCAAUUAGUUCCAUAUUUUAUCCAAUUUGUAGCAGAACAAAUAACAAAUCAAUUAAGACAUAUAGAAAUUUUGUCAACAAUGCUAGAAGUUAUAUCAUCAUUAGUUGAUAACAAGACAAUAUUUUUGGACCCAUAUGUUCAUGCAUUAAUGCCAUGUAUAUUAACACUUUUAUUAGCUAAAAGAAUUGGUCCUGUAAUAAAUGAAAAGAACUCAGAAGAAUAUGAAGAAAAUUUAAAAAAUCAAUUAACUAUAAGAGAAUUUGCAUCAAUUUUAUUAGAACAUAUUAUAAAAGUUUAUGGAUCUUCUUAUUCAACAUUAAGACCAAGAGUUACAAGAACUUUAUUACGAGCAUUACUAGAUUCAACAAAACCGAUAGGUACUCAUUAUGGUGCAUUAUUAGGUUUGAAAAAUUUAGGUAAUGAAGUUAUUAAAUUAGUACUUAUUGGUAAUUUAAAAAUUUGGUAUAAAUCGGUAAUUGAAGAAAAUGAUAAUGAAUAUGAAAGAAAUAUUUUAAUAAAUACUGUGAUAGAUAUACUAAGAAAGUUGAAUGUUUCAAAUAAUAGAAGAAUUAAUAAUGAGGAUGAAAUGAAUGUUGAUGAAGAAGAGCUUAGUGAUGAAAUAAGAGAGAAAUUAAAAGAAAGAAUAGGUGAACCAUUAGCCAAUAUCGUACUUGAAAAGAAUGAUUCAAAAGAUAUAGUAAAAGGUAUAUUUUUCGGUGAAAUAUCUAUUUAA